AUGGUGGUCGCACCCUCGUCGCACGACCACGACCAUGCCGCCCGCGGCACCAUCCCAGAGGGGGUGUUCGCGGACCUGGCGUCGAGUCUGGAGGUGUUCACCGCGCGCGCGGCGGGCGUCGGCGGCGCGCUGCCGAGCGACGUCCUGGACGCGCACCUGCUGCGUGUGCUGGACUUGGCCCACAACGCAAUGGCAGGGACGCUGCCGGGGAGCGGCGUCGCGGGGGCGUGGACGCUACACCAGCGGCUGCAGUACGUGGAUCUGUCGCACAACCACUUGAGCGGCGACCUGCCCGAGGGGAUGCAGGAAAUCGUCGGCCUCACCAGCCUGCUCCUGCCCGAAAACCACAUGCGCAUUCCAGACAUCCACGCGUUCGCCACCCUGCCGCGGCUGCACCAGUUCGACGCAUUGAACAACACCGUCGCGUGGUCUCCGCACCCGCACAACUCGCCUCAGAACAUCCCGUACCUCGUCCGCCCCCGGGGAGAGCUGUCUCUCGCAGACAGUGGCAUGCGGGGCGUGUUGGUUCCUGGCAUGUUUGUCAGCGGCUUCUCCUCCGUCGACCUGAGCGGCAAUGACAUCGGCGGCGAGAUCCCUGCCAUCCUGGCCUCGUCGCCGCACCUCGUCAGCGUCCGGCUGGGCAACAACAAGCUCACCGGCACCCUGCCCGACCCCAUCUCCACCCAGCGCCUGGCGGAGCUGCGCGUCGGCGGGAACUUUGGCCUCACGGGGACGAUGCCGUCGGACUUCAGCGCCAGCGAGACGCUGCGGGAGGUCGACGUGACCUUCACGAACGUCUUCGGUGCUAUCCCAGAGACGCUGAGCGUGCUGAAGGACCUGCGGGUGCUGUCGAACUUCGGCAGCCUGAUGACGCACCCGCUGUCGAGGCGGAACUCCCGCGGCGAGCUGCUGCCGGAGUUUCUGAGGUUCGCGACCAUGUACACGGCCGUCCCCAUGGGUCCAUCUACAAUGGGAACGACCUUCUCUGGCGAUCGCACCCAGGGGCUCCUGCUGUGCCCAAUGGUCGUGGCGGUGGCGCAAACGACGCUGUUUGCGCUCCUGUCGCCGGACUACUACAACUUCGAGGGCUGCAUGUGCGACGGCGGCGGCAUGGCCGCGUGGGUCGAUGCGCAGGCGUCCUACGGGCCGCGGUGGGCCGCGGUGAUGAACGACACCGCCUCAGGCUUCCCCGUGGACGACGAGGCGUAUGUGGCGGACCACGUGCGCACGCGCAUGAUGAUCUGCGUGCAGGAGGACAGCGGCAUCGCGCAGUGGCACGUGAGCCUGAUUGUGGUGUGCGGGGGCGUGGCGGUGCUGUUCGUCUGCCUGGGGCUGGCGGCGUUCCUGCUGCGGCACCGCAUCGCCAAGGCCGUCGCGGAGCACCGCCGCCGCGCGGGGCCGCCCACGGGCGGUCGCGAGAUCACGAUGGUGCAGACCGACAUCGAGGGCUCGACGGACACGUGGGAGAACCACCCCCUCACCAUGCAGAAGGCCAUCUCCGUGCACGACGCGAUCAUGCGGCGGUACCUGCCGGCGUUCCACGGCUACGAGGUCAACACGGAGGGGGACUCGUACCUGAUCGCGUUCCACACUGCAAGCGACGCAGUGGCGUACUGCGCGACGGUGCAGCUCGCCCUGUACGCGGCGCCGUGGCCGGAGGAGGACGAGGGGGUGUUUGCGCGCCCGCCGGUCGGGCAGCGGGGCAGCGGUCGGGACAGCCGCCCAGCUUCAGACGAGCAACUGCCAGGUGCUGCAUGUCUGUCCAGGCCCACGCCGACACAAUCGUUCGAGCCGGGACCGCUCUCAACGGCCGGCACGAUGGCGUCGGGCGGCGAGCUCGCCGCCGCUCUCGCGCCGUCGCUGUACCGCGGGCUCUGCGUGCGCAUGGCCGUCGCCACGGGGCACUGCAAGGGGGUGCGGACCAGCCGCGUCACGCGGCGCAACCAGUACGUCGGCGAGGUGAUGGACUACGUGACGGCGAUGCUGGACAUGGCGCACGGGGGGCAGGUGCUGGUGUGCGAGCGGACGUUUGCGCGGGUGCAGAGCAGCAUGGCCGGCACGUGGGGCGCGAUCGCGUCGAAGGCUCCGUACCGGCAGGUCGAGCGCCUGAUGCGCGGCCUGGUGCGAUCUUUCAGCGAGCGCUCGCGGGGCUUGUCCGCGAGCUCUGGGCUCCGGAGGCGCAAGUCCCAUGCACUGCUUGCCUGCAAGAGCGUUGCCGAGGGCGACAUGGCGUCGCAGAGGCUGCAGCUAUCAUUUUCAGGGCCAGGACGGGGCGCAAGCAAUCGUUCUCGCGGGUCCAGGGGCUUUCCAAACCCGGGCGACCAGAGACCGAACAUUCAGGAGCUGUCCACAGGGACGGCAGCGGCGGCCGCGGAGAUCCAACGAUGCCCAUCGCUCUGCGUACCGCCCCGCAUCGUCGCGGCCGCCACGUCCGGCGGGCAGGACACAACCACGUCCCUGGGCGGUGCACUCACAUCUCAGUCACAGGCCACGGCCGACGCCCUCACGGCAGCGGCCUCUCGCGACGCCAGGGCCACCGUCACAUUCACCGCGGGGUCCCAGAACGACAUGCGCUUCGUCGCCGUCAAGAGCCCCUCCAGCGUCCCGUUGUUCCUCUCCCCGAAGCCCAGCGCACCGUCCGCGCACUUCCCGCUGGCCCGCGACGCGCCCGCCCGCGAGGACCUGCGCUUCCUCGACCUCGGGCACUACGCCGUCGUCAAGGGCGACGCGCCCGUGCAGCUGUACCAGGCGCUGGUGCCGUUCCUGGAGGAGCGCGCUGGGCGGGAGCCCCCGCCGGUGUCGAGCGAGCUGCGGCAGGGCGGGUACUGGCACGCGCCGGCGACGGCGGGGAGCUCCGUGGCGCCGCAGCUGAAGCAGUGCCCGCACGCGGCGGCGCGCGUGGACAAGCUGAGCGCGGCGACGGUGUCGUCGUGCCCGACGUGCUGCGCGGCGACGGCUGCGGCGCUGGCGCAGACGCCCGUGGCGAUUGUGUUUUGCGCGGCGUGGAAGCUGGACGACAUCGCGAGCCUGGACGCGCGCACCGCGGACCGCGCGGUGGAGGUGUUUGCGGCUGCGGUGCGGCUGACGCUGCCGCGCUUCAACGGGUACGAGUGUCAGGAGAUGGUGGGGUCGUUUAUGUUGGCGUUCCACAGCGUGGGCGACGCGCUGCUGUGGGGCCUGUGCCUGAACGAGGUGCUGCCGGAGAUGCCGUGGCCGUCGCGGCUGGCGAGCCUGGCGCCGAAGCGCGGCGACCGCGUGCCGUACGCGCCGCACGGCCUGCAGGCGCGCGUGGGCAUCUGCUCGGGCCCCGUGACGUCGGUGAUGCCGCACGGGACGUCGGGGCGCGCGGACUACUUCGGGCCGGUGGUGAACCGCGCGGCGCGCAUCUGCUACGGCGUGUGUCCGCCGGGGCACGUGGUGGCGCCGGCCGGCCAGCUCGCGGACGGGCUGGCGGAGCUGGGCGGGCGCACGGCGGUGGACCCGGGCUUCUUCGCGUGCGUGGGGGCCGCGCGCGCUGACGGCAGCCGCGAGCCGACGCUGCUGGGCGACGAGGGCGGGGUGAGGCCGCUGGAGGUGGCGUGGGUUACGGAGGCGAGCGACGCGCGGCAGGCGCUGGGCCCUGCGAGCGCCCAGCUGGCGGCGCGCGUCGUUGUCGCUCCCCCUGCGGGUUCCAACUGUCACCGUGAGGCCCGGAGCAGCGGAGGGCCUGGCGCGUCCGACGCCCAGUGCGAGCACCUGAGCAGCGGGGACGCAAGUGUCCACAAGACGACGCAACGUGGGAGCUUCGAGCUGCCUUCGGGGCUCCAAACAGCCUCGUCUGCAGCGGCGGCGGAGAUGAGGCAAGUCAGGCCCGACAACCGCUUCAAGCACCGCGCGCCGCCCGGCGCGAGGCUGCAGGCGCGCGUCACAUUCCGCAGCAGCAUCGAUGCGGGCCGCGCCGCGUCCCACAAACCGUCAGUCAGAGAAGGAUCCGUUCUCAGCAGACUGUCGAUCGCAGCACGCCCCCCCGCGGACCUCCGCGGCCGCCCGGCCUCGGCAUCCGGUUCCCAGCACCUGGACAUCCCCGACUGGAUCAUGGCCAGGACGACGGUCGUUGCGCACCACCUCGGUCAGUUCAAGUUGAAGGGCAUCGCGGGGGAGUUUGCCCUGGCCUCGCUGGUGUCGACGCGCAGCCGGAGCGCCGCGGCGCCGCCCGGCGUCGCCGGGAAGAAGGCUACGCGCACCGCGGACGGCCUCGGGGAGGCGGUGCGCGCGGCCGUAGCCCUUCCGCUGCCCACGGACCUCCCGCGCACUCUGGCGACGGCCACCACGCGCUCGCGGGCCACAGGCACCACGCACGCCGACGCGCGGAGGCGCGGGUCCGUGGCGGGCACGGCGCGCAGCCCCGGGCUGUCGCACGCGACUAGAUCGUCGCUCUCCAUCCUCGAACACUGA